AUGCCGAACCCGCCGGGGCCAAAGCAGGCGCGACCUGCAACCGCCCGGGCGCGCGGAGAGGCGGGCAGCCCAGCCGACCCGGACCGGGUACGAACGGGCAGGCGCCCGGUCCCACCCGCUCCGCCCCCGGCCGCCAGGGCACGUGACCCGCGAACUCCCGGGCGCGCCCAGACGCCGCGCACGCGCAGACCCAGUACCCAGCGCCGAGCCCGAGCCAUGGCGUCCGAGCGGCUCCCUAGCAGGCCCGCCUGUCUGCUCGUGGCCAGCGGCGCCGCCGAAGGUGUGUCGGCCCAGUCCUUCCUCCACUGUUUCACGAUGGCCAGCACUGCCUUCAACCUGCAGGUGGCCACCCCUGGGGGGAAAGCCAUGGAAUUUGUGGAUGUGACCGAGAGCAAUGCACGCUGGGUGCAAGACUUCCGCCUCAAGGCUUACGCCAGCCCCGCCAAGCUCGAGUCCAUCGAUGGUGCCCGGUACCAUGCCCUCCUGAUCCCCAGCUGUCCUGGGGCCCUGACCGACCUGGCCAGCAGUGGCUCCCUGGCCCGUAUCCUGCAGCACUUCCACUCUGAGAGCAAACCCAUCUGCGCCGUCGGCCACGGUGUCGCCGCCCUGUGCUGUGCCACCAACGAGGACAGAUCCUGGGUGUUCCACGGCUACAGCCUGACAGGGCCCUCUGUGUGUGAGCUCGUCAGGGCCCCCGGCUUCGCCCGCCUGCCGCUCGUGGUGGAGGACUUCGUGAAGGAUUCGGGUGCCUGCUUCAGUGCAAGUGAGCCUGACGCUGUGCACGUCGUGCUGGACCGCCACCUGGUCACGGGCCAGAAUGCCAGCUCCACUGUCCCGGCCGUGCAGAACCUGCUCUUCCUCUGUGGCAGCCGGAAAUGAACCUGCUGGGUAGAUGCACCCCCUGAGACAGCCCAGGUGUCUCCAGAGGCAGCCCCGUCUCAGGCUUCAGGGACCCCGCCUCUUCCCUCCUGACAAGGGCCCUGGAUGGCAGCCUGGUCUGGCCCUGAUGGGAUUGUUGGAGGCCUCCUGGAAUCAGCUCUGAGGGGGUGUCGGCUCUCCUGGAGGGUCCAAACCCCCAUCCUCCUGCAUGUUCUCUGGUAGGAGGCAGAGAAAAGACCCCACGUGCCUGGAGAGCUGUGCUAGCUGCUGGGUGGUCCUCGGGAAUUCCAGGCUGGGUUUUCUAGGGAGGACUGGUUGUCACGUGUGGUCACUGUUGACUAGACAGAGUCGGCUCGGGGGUCCUCUGUGUGGGUUUGCCCUGCUGUGGCCUGUCUGCCACCCACCACCUCUAUCACUGUUGGUGGGGGCCUUGAGGGGAGGGCCCAGCCGGCGGGAGCUGGCUCAGAACUUUGGCCAAAGGUGAAUGGAAUUUUUUAGGAGCAGCAGCCUCCUGCCCCAAGGCCGACCGGCACUGGCAGCACUUUCCUGUUGAAGAAAUCUUCCUGGCGUGUGGUUUCAAAGUGUAAGCACCUCAGUGAUGCACCCUGUCCUGUGUAAGCAUUGAGAGGCACGUUUACUUGUGAAUAUGAGACCGUGAGAUUCUCAAUGAUAGGAAAGUGCUGUCCCCCACGACCUUGCAGAGUGGCCUCGGGUAGAGCGGCUAUCAAGAGCAGACAGUGGUCCAGCCUGCUGGGCACCUGGCCUGGGCCGUGGCCCUCCAGCGGGCUGCCCCCUGGCCCCAGUGUAGGGCGUCCAGGAGAGGCUUAGGCCGUCUACUUCCUCACAGUUCCCCAGUUUGAGCCAUCGAAGGCCUUCUUCCUGCCCACCUCCCCGUCUCAGCCACAGCCGUUCCCAAGCACCAGCGUGGCUCCUGGUGCCAGUGACCUGCCAGGAGGCCCCUUGUGAUUAUAAAACCGUUCAGUUGGGCCAGGCACAGUGGCUCACACCUGUAACCCCAGCACUUUGGGAGGCCGAGGCGGGCGGAUCACGAGGUCAGGAGAUCGAGACCAUCCUGGCUAACAUGGUGAAACCCCAUCUCUACUAAAAAAAAAAAUAUAUAAAAAGUUAGCCUGGCAUGGUGGUGGGUGUCUGUAGUCCCAGCUACUUGGGAGGCUGAGGCAGGAGAAUGGCGUGAACCCGGGAGGCAGAGCUUGCAGUGAGCUGAGAUUGUGCCACUGCACUCCAGCCUGGGCAAUAGAGUGAGACUCCGUCUCAAAAAAAAAACGUUCAGUUGGCUGGGCGCGGUGGUUCACGCCUGUAAUCCCAGCACUUUGGGAGGCCAAGGUGGGUGGAUCAUCUGAAGUCAGGAGUUUGGGAAAAGCCUGGCCAACAUGGUGAAACUAAAAUACAAAAAUUAGCUGGGUAUGGUGUCAGGCGCCUGUAUUCCCAGCUACUUGGGAGGCUGAGACGUGAGAAUUGCUUGAACCUGGAGGGCGGAGGUUGCAGUGAGCCAAGAUUGCACCAUUGCACUCCAACCUGGGCAAUGAGUGAAACUCCGUCUCAAAAAUCAAAAAUAAUAAAAUAAAGCCGUUCAAUAAGGAGAAUUUGGAAAAAAGUGGAAGAAGGAAGCACUGCAGCCACAUCCCCGCCCUGAAGGCUGCGUCCCUCCAGUGCCUCGCAGAUUAGUCAGGAUGCCCACUUAGCACUGGCCACGGGGCCUUGCUCUGUCCCGGGUCCACUCUCAUCCCCGUGUGGUGAUGGACCUCUCUGGACAAAUGCUUUUUAUUUUAUUUAUUUAUUUUUUGAGAUGAAGUUUGUCUCUCGUCACCCAGGCUGGAGUGCAGUGGCACAAUCUUGGCUCACUGCAACCCCUGUCUCCCAGGUUCAAGCGAUUCUCCUGCCUCAGCCUCUGGAGUAGCUGGGAUUACAGGUGUGCGCCACCACGCCUGGCUAAUUUUUGUAUUUUUCAUAGAGACCGGGUUUCACCAUGUUGGCCAGGCUGGUCUCGAACUCCUGACCUCAAGUGAUCCUCCCGCCUCGUCCUCCCAAAGUGUUAGGAUUACAGGCGUGAGCCACUGCGCCUGGCAUAAUUUUUGUUUUUAGUAGAGAUGGGGUUUCAUCAUGUUGGCCAGGCUGGUCUUGAACUCCUGACCUCAGGUGAUCCAUCUUCCUCAGCCUCCCAAAGUGCUGGGAUUACAGCCGUGAGCCGCCACAUCCGGCUAACAAGUACUUUUUAAUUUUUAUUUUAUUUUUUGGAUGGAGUCUCACUCUGUCGCCCAGGCUGGAACACAGUGGCACGAUCUCGGCUCACUGCAGCCUCCGCCUCCCGGGUUCAAGUGAUUCUUCUGCCUCAGCCUCCCGAGUAGCUGGGACUACAGGUGCACAUCACCACACCCAGCUAAUUUUUGUAUUUUUCCUUUUUUUUUUUUUUUGAGAUGGAGUCUUGCUCUGUUGGCAGGCUGGAGUGCAGUGGCACGAUCUCAGCUCACUGCAACCUCUGCCUCCGCCUCCCAGAUUCAAGCAAUUCUCCUGCGUCAGCCUCCCGAGUAACUGGGACUACAGGUGCAUGCCACUAUGCCCAGCUAGUUUUUGUAUUUUCAGUAGAGACGGGGUUUCACCAUGUUGGCCAGGAUGGUCUCGAUCUCUUGACCUCAUGAUCUGCCCGCCUCGGCCUCCCAAAGUGCUGGGAUUACAGGCGAGCUCAUGUCUUAAUGUCCUAGUCCAUUUGGGCUCCUAUAAGAAAAUACUGUAAACUGGCCGGGCACGGUGGCUCACGCCUGUAAUCCCAGCACUUUGGGAGGCUGAGGCAGGUGGAUCACCUGAGGUCAGGAGUUCGAGACCAGCCUGGCCAAGAUGGUGAAACCCCGUCUCUACUAAAAAUACAGAAAUUAGCCGGGCGCGGUGGUGGGCGCCUGUAAUCCCAUCUACUUGGGAGGCUGAGGCAGGAGAAUCGCUUGAACCCAGGAGGCGGAGGUUGCAGUGAGCUGACAUCGUGCCACUGCACUCUAGUCUGGGUGACAGAGCAAGACUCCGUCUCAAAAAAAAGAAAAAAAGAAAAUACUGUAAAUCUAGUGGCUUAUAAACAACAGAAAUCAGUUUCAGUUUUGGAGGCUGGAAGCCCAAGAUGAAAGCACCAGUAGAUGCAGCCUCUUUUGUAAGGGUGAUGGUCCCAUCAUUAGGCUGUGCCCCUGCCCUGUGACCGGAUGACCUCCCAAAUGCCCCACCUAAUACCAUCCCCUUGCAGGUGAGGACUUAAGCAGGUGGGUUUUCGGGGGACGUGUUCAGGCCACAGCAGGGUGGAUGAAGAGCCAGUGAGCCUCACUGAGCCCCUCUGGUCAGCCAGAUCUGACAUUGAGCCCAGCAUUGAAGAUCAAAGCAGGUGGGGCUUUGGGAUGUGAAGUGGGUUCUGACACGGGGCCCCACAGACCUGUCUCCGUGUGAGCUGCCUGCAGGCCCCUGCGUCAUUCCUCAGCUGCGUGCGAGGCCUCUGGCUUGGAGAGCCUCCCCGCUGUGCACAGUUCUCUCUCUGCCAGGGCAGGGCUUGGGGCAGCACCAGGCUGGGGCAGAGGAGGAAAGCAAGAGGACAGAACCUCCGGAAGAGCAGCGGAGGGCGGGUGAGGAUUUCCCCAUAUACCAGUGUGUGUUCAUCUACCCAUGAGGAAUAAAACCAUGCAGCAGCAUGCAAA